AUGCAGAAGGCCUCUGGCUAUAUCCUGGCGGCAGUGGUGCUAGUGCUCCUACUCCAAGUCCAUCAAUUGGAAGCAGCCUACAAGCUGCAGGAGCGCUAUAGUUGGAAUCAAUUGGACUUUGCCUUCCCCAACGAAAGGCUCAAGGAGCAGGCUCUGGCCAGUGGUGAUUAUGUGCCACAGAAUGCUUUACCCGUGGGUCUGGAACACUUUGGCAAUCGUCUAUUUGUCACCGUACCCCGUUGGCGAGAUGGUAUUCCCGCCACUUUGACCUACAUCAAUAUGGAUCACAGCGUGACAGGUUCACCGGAAUUGAUACCAUAUCCGGAUUGGCGCAGCAAUACGGCCGGAGAUUGUGCAAAUAGCAUAACUACUGCCUAUCGUAUUAAAGUUGAUGAAUGUGGUCGUCUCUGGGUCCUGGAUACCGGCACUGUUGGCAUUGGCAAUACAACAAGAAAUCCCUGCCCAUAUUCGGUAAAUGUAUUCGAUUUGACCACCAACACACGGAUACGUCGCUAUGUCCUGCCCGUGGAUAAUACAAAUCCCAAUACAUUUAUAGCCAACAUUGCCGUUGAUAUUGGCAAAAAUUGUGAUGAUGCCUUUGCCUAUUUUGCCGAUGAAUUGGGCUAUGGCCUGAUCUCGUACUCAUGGGAAUUGAACAAAUCGUGGCGCUUCUCGGCCCAUUCGUACUUCUUCCCCGAUCCAUUGCGCGGUGAUUUCAAUGUGGCUGGCCUUAAUUUCCAAUGGGGUGAGGAGGGCAUCUUUGGCAUGUCAUUAUCGCCCAUUCGUUCGGACGGCUAUCGCACCAUGUACUUCAGUCCCUUGGCCAGUCAUCGUCAGUUUGCCGUCUCUACUCGCAUUCUAAGGGACGAGACACGUACCGAGGACAGCUAUCAUGAUUUUGUUGCUCUGGAUGAACGCGGUCCGAAUGCCCAUACAACGGCUCGUGUGAUGAGUGAUGAUGGCGUUGAACUGUUCAAUUUGAUUGAUCAGAACGCUGUCGGCUGUUGGCAUUCAUCCAUGCCGUAUUCGGCUCAAUUCCAUGGCAUUGUGGACCGGGAUGAUGUUGGUCUGGUUUUCCCUGCCGAUGUUAAGAUCGAUGAGGAUAAGAACGUUUGGGUUCUAUCUGAUCGUAUGCCUGUAUUUCUGCUAUCCGAUUUGGAUUAUACUGACAUCAAUUUCCGCAUUUAUACCGCUCCUUUGGGUCUUCUUAUUGAGAAUACUGUGUGUGAUCUAAGGAAUAAUGCCUAUGGCCCACCAAACUCAGUAUCCAUACCCAAGCAGGCCAAUUUGCCGCCAGCUCCGCCCUUGUAUACGAAAACCUAUCGUCCGGCCUUGCCUCAGAAACCACAUACCAGUUGGACCCCAUCGCCUCCUAGCCGGGGCUACUUGCCAGCUGCGGCUGGUGGAGCUGGUCAGGUAAUCUCUAGUGUUAGUGUCUCCACCAAUACGGUGGGUCCCGCUGGUGUUGAGGUGCCCAAGGCAUAUGUCUUCAAUCAGCACAAUGGCCUCAACUACGAGACAAGUGGACCACAUCUGUUUCCCACCCAUCAGCCGGCGCAUUCGCAUCAGACCGAUGGACUCAAGAGCUAUGUGAAUGCUCGCCAAUCGGGCUGGUGGCAUCAUCAUCAUCAGGGUUAAGGAAUCGGAUCGAGACUGGACUGGAAUGGAUUGUUUUCGCAAUUGGGUUGGCCUUUCUGCAAUACAUAGAUACCUACAUACCUUCUACCCUACUAUACAUAUUUAAAAGUGGAAACAAACUUUAAUGGAAAA